AAGGAUGCAUGAUUUUGAGUCCCAAAUGAGCAAAAUCGGAAGAUGCAUGCUCUAACGAUUAUUUUGCUUCAAGUGUCAAGUGCCCCAAUCAUGGGGAGACAGAAACUGACCUUGGAAUGCAGACGACACAACCCUCAAAUGGAAACUCCAUCAACCAGGGGCACCAUGUCCCCCAGUUCCCUUGAGCGUGCACCCUCUACGCUUUUGAAGGGGGGCGUUUCCAUUUUGUUUUUCUCUGAUGUUCUGCCCCACUUUUUAUACCAUUCUCAGCACACGAACAGCAAUACUCAAAAUAGAUCUGUUCCGGUUGAUUAGACACAACGAAAAUUAUAAGGUCACGUCACAGAGGAUUUGGAAUGCAAAGAUGUAGACAAGCUGUGAACCACAGGGGCAAGAGUGUCAUUUGUUCUAGUGAGUUUUCUACUUUUCUCCACUACGGUAAAAUAUUUCUCAAUGUGAAUCAUGUUUCAUUUUGGUUCUUUUGUCAAACUUUCUUGUUCUCACUAUGAUUGCGACCACACAUAUCUUAGCAGAGUUAGUCCACUUCUCAUGUGCAAUUGGCAUUACUUUUGAAUGUGAAAAGAAAUGCACAUUUAUAAU